GUGGAGCAACAGUGAUAUCCAGUGACAAGUUAAAUUAGACACAGAAGUGUUUUCUCCAAUGCUGUCUCAGAAGAUACAUGCUUUUGAGAGGACUGGUUCAGACUAAACAGUCUUUUUGUAGUUAGGUUAAAGUAACACACACACACACACACACACACACACACACACACAAAAAUUACCAGGGACUUUAAGAAGAAUUUUGGUAUGUGACUUCAAGAACUAGUUGACUCACUUUCACACUGCAAAACGGCAACCAGUGACAGAUGAGGGUGUUUGUGAACCGAAGUUUAGCCAUGGAAAAAAUUAAGUGUUUUGGUUUUGAUAUGGAUUACACCCUUGCUGUGUACAAGUCCCCAGAGUAUGAGUCCCUUGGCUUUGAGCUUACUGUGGAGAGAUUAGUUUCUAUUGGCUAUCCCCAGGAGCUGCUCAGCUUUGCAUAUGAUUCUACAUUUCCUACCAGGGGGCUUGUCUUUGACACACUAUAUGGAAAUCUUUUGAAAGUUGAUGCCUAUGGAAACCUCUUGGUCUGUGCACAUGGAUUUAACUUCAUAAGGGGACCAGAAACUAGAGAGCAGUAUCCAAAUAAAUUUAUCCAACGAGAUGACACUGAAAGAUUUUAUAUUCUGAACACACUGUUCAACCUACCAGAGACCUACCUGUUGGCCUGUCUAGUAAAUUUUUUUACUAAUUGUCCAAGAUAUACCAGCUGUGAAACAGGAUUUAAAGAUGGGGACCUCUUCAUGUCCUAUCGGAGUAUGUUCCAAGAUGUAAGAGAUGCUGUUGACUGGGUUCAUUACAAGGGUUCUCUUAAGGAAAAAACAGUUGAAAAUCUUGAGAAAUAUGUAGUCAAAGAUGGGAAAUUGCCUUUGCUUCUGAGCCGGAUGAAGGAUUUUUUUCUUGCCACCAACAGUGACUAUAAAUACACAGAUAAAAUUAUGACUUACCUGUUUGAUUUCCCACAUGGCCCUAAGCCUGGUAGCUCCCAUCGUCCAUGGCAGUCCUACUUUGACCUGAUUUUGGUGGAUGCCCGGAAACCCCUUUUUUUUGGAGAAGGCACAGUAUUGCGUCAAGUGGAUACUAAAACUGGCAAGCUGAAAAUUGGUACCUACACAGGCCCCCUACAGCACGGCAUUGUGUACUCAGGAGGUUCAUCUGAUACAAUCUGUGAUCUCUUGGGAGCCAAGGGCAAAGAUAUUUUGUAUAUUGGAGAUCACAUUUUUGGGGACAUUUUAAAAUCAAAGAAACGGCAAGGGUGGCGAACUUUCUUGGUGAUUCCUGAACUUGCACAAGAGUUGCACGUCUGGACAGACAAGAGUGCCCUUUUCGAAGAGCUUCAGAGCUUGGAUAUUUUCUUGGCUGAACUUUACAAGCACCUUGACAGCAGUAGCAAUGAGCGCCCAGACAUUAGUUCCAUCCAGAGACGUAUUAAGAAAGUCACUCAUGACAUGGACAUGUGCUACGGGAUGAUGGGAAGCCUGUUCCGCAGCGGCUCCCGACAGACCCUGUUUGCCAGUCAGGUGAUGCGAUAUGCCGAUCUCUAUGCAGCAUCAUUCAUCAAUCUGCUGUAUUAUCCGUUCAGCUACCUCUUCAGAGCUGCCCACGUCCUGAUGCCUCAUGAAUCAACAGUGGAGCACACCCACGUGGAUAUCAAUGAGAUGGAGUCCCCUCUUGCCACCCGGAACCGCACGUCAGUGGAUUUUAAAGACACCGACUACAAGCGGCACCAGUUGACACGGUCAAUCAGUGAGAUCAAACCUCCCAACCUCUUCCCACUGGCCCCCCAGGAAAUUACACACUGCCAUGAUGAAGAUGAUGAUGAAGAGGAAGAGGAGGAGGAAUAAGGAGAACCGAAAUCCUAAACACCCAUUAAACAAGUUCUGACAGGACUCACAGGAGCAAAAGAUGUCCCUGUUUGGGUUCUGCUAGGGGGAGGGGGAAUGGAUCCAUCAAAGGUACGUCUGGAAAGUUUCUGAAGACUUUAAAAUAUUCUAGUCAUACAGAGAUACUUGUUUUAGUUCUGUGCAUUUGUACUGUACAGAUGGUUCAAAAUUGUAAUGGAGUCUGUAUUGGAAGAAAGUAAGGGUAAAGUCAGGCUGAACUGCAUGCAGAUGGCUCCAUUGUAGCUUGUGACACAAUUUCCUUGUCUUUUGUCAUCAUCAGUAUCUCAUAGUACACCUUGAUACGGGAGGUGAAGGGUCUCAGAGGAACAAGGAGAAUGACGGGGAAGAGGUGAUCCAAAAAUGCUGUAAUGUUACAAAUUGUGCUGUUACUCCAAAAUUUUUCAGUGCAUUACACAGUGUUGUAUAUCAGUGGAGAAAUAUAUUGUUUCCAUUAUAAAAUGUAGUCUUCUGUUAAAGGUCAGGUAUCCUUUUAUAACUGUUCAGGUAUCCUCAGUGAUUCUGCAGAGCUGCUAUUCUGUCAGUGGCUUUGAAGUAUUCUCUGCUUGCUUCCAGGCUGAUCUGGUCUGGAUUCUUUUUUGAGGCGAAAGUCCUCAUCCUUUUUACAUUUUUGGUUGAUAGCACAACUGGUUAUUUUGUUGUCAGAGGAACCACUCUUUCGCUCAUCUGUGAUAAAUCUAUAGAAAGAAUUUAACUGAAAGAGGACACAAGCAAUCCCCAGAGAGAGAGAUGAGUAACUUUCAUUAGUGUGGGCUCUACAGUUGCAGCUCACACUACCCAAUUCCAGAUUUCUCUGUCCUCUAGGUUGACUGCUAUAUUUUAACAUGGAGCAUGAGAGGCUAAGACGGGGGGCUCUGUAAGGCAGAGGGCACAAUCAGUGUGAAUAAAUUCACUUCAGAAUCCCAAGUGAAAUCACUUCUUGUUUGAACAAGAAUGAAUCAUUACUCCACGCUUCAGGAUAUUACAACCGCCUCAUCAGUACAGCAAAAGUUGUUCCAACAUUUUUAACAGUGGCGUAUGGUCUUAUUUUAAACUUUCAUGUUUUCUUCCAUCCUUAUUGUCAGCAGGGGAGGGUAGAUUAGCUGCUCUAGAAUUCAAUAAAGUGUAAUAUUUCUAA